AUGGUUCCUACGGUUCAGAACAUGGUACAAUUUACAAUUAAUGACGGUAACGGAAUCGGAUUUUGGAAUGAUAAAUGGCUUGAUGAAGGAUGUUUGCAAGACUUAUUCCCGGAGGUGUUUAAAGUAGUAAAGGAGAAGGACGUUUCUAUAGCAGCGAUGAUUGAGAAACCCAAUAUGGGAAUUAGUGAUUUUAAGAGACCUUUGAAUGCCAAUGAGAAGCUUGAAUGUGACUUGCUUAGGCGUGAUGUGCGUAUCCCUGCCCUUAGAGAAAAUGGAGAUGUUAUGUCUAUUAUGGAUAACUUUAUAACUAGCAAGUACUAUGAGGAUCUUGUUAGACAGCUUGAAUCACGUAACUUUGCGAAGCACCUAUGGAAGAACAACAUUCCUCACAAGGUUAAUUUUAUUAUUUGGGUUUCUUUUCAUAAUUCCCAUCCAAAUAGAGACAUGUUGAGGCAUAGAGGAGUAGAGAUGGACAGUGAUUUGUGUGCUUUUUGCAACUCUGAAAGAGAAACGACAGAUCAUAUGUUCUUGCAUUGUUCUUAUUCUUUUGAGGUACGAAAUUAUUUCAUAAAAGCAUUUAGAAUAUCGUGGCCAAUGCCAAAGACUUUAUUUGAUUUGUUUGAAGCUUGGUCUACAAACCUCUUACAAGGAAGAGGAAAAUUAGUAUGA